UGUGGACACAACUUCUGCAUGGCCUGUAUCAGAAAGUACUGGAAUAGCAAGGACCUGUACCAAUGUCCACUGUGUAAGGAUACGCUCUACUGACAACCUGAGCUUCGUGUCAACACAACGUUAAGAGAGGUUGUAGAGAAUUUUAAAAAGAUAUGGCUUCCUCCAGCAGUAUCCAGUCUGAAGAGCAGUUCUUGUGCUCUAUCUGUCUGGAUGUGUUCACUGAGCCAGUCACCACUUCAUGUGGUCACAACUUCUGCAUGGCCUGUAUCAGAAAGUACUGGAAUAGCAAGGACCUGUACCAAUGUCCACUGUGUCAGGAGAAAUUCCCAGAACGACCUAAACUUAGUGUCAACACAAUGUUAAGAGAGGUUGUAGAGAAUUUUAAAACGAUGAGACACAGAGGAAAAGAUGAGUCCCCUGCAAAAGCUGGAAAUGUGCCCUGUGACGUCUGCCCUGGGAUGAAGCGCAAGGCCCUGAAGUCCUGCCUGGUGUGUCUGGCUUCUUACUGUAAGACUCACCUGGAUCCUCAUCAGAUUGCCCCAGCCUUAAAGAGACACAAACUGGUCAACCCUGUGGAGAACCUGGAAGACAGGAUCUGUAAGAAGCAUGACAGACUCCUGGAGCUUUUCUGUAGGACUGACCAGACGUGUGUGUGUCAGUUCUGCAAUGAAACAGACCACAAGACUCACAUGACUGUCCACAUAGAGGAAGAGUGUGGAAAGAGGAAGGCUCACUUGGACAAAAAAGAGGCAGAAGUGCAGCAGAUUAUCCAGGAGCGACUGAAGAAGGUUAAAGACAUCAAACUCUCAGUAGAUCUCAGCAAGAGAGAUGCAGAUAGAGAGAUAGCAGACAGCAUACAGGUCUUCACUGCUCUGGUGCGCUCAAUUGAGAAAAGCCAGGCUGAAUUAAUUGAGGUGAUUGAGGAGAAGCAUAAAGCAGUAGAGAGGCAGGCUGAAGGGCUCAUUAAAGAUCUAGAGCAGGAAAUCACUGAGCUACAGAGGAGAAGCACUGAUCUGAAGCAGCUCUCACAGACUGAGGACCACCUCCAAUUUCUCCAGAGCUUCCCAUUCCUAGUGUGCACCCCUCUACCCACCAAGAACUGGUCUGAGAUCAGUGUUCACAGUGCUCUGUGUGUUGGGACUGUGAGGAGAGCUGUGUUUCACCUGGAGGAGAUACUGAAUAAAGAGAUGGAGAAGCUGCCUGAGGUCAAACUGAAGAGGAUUCAGCAGUAUGCAGUGGAUGUGACUCUGGACCCUGAUACAGCACAUCACAAACUCGUCGUGUCUGAAGAUGGGAAACAAGUGAGACGUGGAGACAUACCACAGAAUCUUCCUGACAAUCCAAAAAGGUUUAAUCAGUAUUGGAUUGUCCUUGCAAAGGAUGGCUUCUCCUCAGGGAGAUUUUACUAUGAGGUGACGGUUAACGGUAAGACUAGGUGGACUUUAGGAGUGGCCAGAGAGUCCACUGACAGGAAGAGGAAUAUCACAUUGAGCCCUGAACAUGGACUCUGGACUGUGAUACUAAGGGAUGGGAAUGAGUACCAAGCCUGUACCUCCCCCCCUGUCCUCCUCUCCCUGAGAAAGAAGCCCCAGAAGGUGGGGUUGUUUGUGGACUAUGAGGAGGGUCUGGUCUCCUUUUAUGAUGUGGAGGCCAGGUCUCAUAUCUACUCUUUCACUGGCUGCACCUUUACCGAGAAACUCUUUCCAUACUUCGGCCCCUCUGAUAAUGAUGAUGGUCAAAACUCAGCCCCUCUCAUCAUCUCUCCUGUCAACCACACACACUGAUUAAACAACGGAAAGGGAACUGUUUUUCCCAGAUAUUUUAAAAUGCACAUUUCCAUACUGUAAACAUACUGACAGGUCACAUCAUUUGAAUAUCCACAUUGUCCUCUGAAGUUGUAUCCUCAAAUGAGAAUGUAGAGUAUUCUGUACAUCUUAGCAUGGAUAAUAAAUGUGUGUAUUUACUGAAUAAUGAAGACUAUUAAAUGCAAUUAAAGUUAUGUUGCUUUGAUUAUUCAUAUAAUUUACCCAUAAUUAUCACAGACUGAAAACUAUCCUUUAAAGUGACGUUCCUUUUCUCGGUUUCUCUCAACCUCUUAUUGUGUCUCUAAGUGAAUGUGAUGAUUGAAGACGUACUCAGCCUUUGAACUGGUUUUGAAUGUAGGUGAAUGUGACAAAGGACUUUAUAAAGCGCAAAUCCACAGUUGAAACGGUAACAAAGUGCUUUGGUAAAAAGCUGAGGGAUGUGCCUGGAUUGAGGCAAUACAGUUUAUUUGAACAUUUAAUAUGUUUACAAAAAAUGGAGAGAAACAAGCUUGUAUUUUGGGUUCAAAUGGAGUGUGACAGUUGAACUAAGCUGACGAGGCAUUUAUGAGUCAUAUUUUUCAAGAAUCAAUAGGUGUACAUCAUUCAUUUCGAAGUCCAAAAAUGGAUUUUGUAACUACAGAUUGCCCCUUCUAGCUUGAUGUUGCUACUGCAUAAGUGAAUGUGGUAAUAUACAUACUCAGCCUCUGAGCUGGUUACACAGUUCUGUGCUUCGAUAAAGGACAUACUUUUCCAUUGAGCUGGCUGUGGAUCCAAGACGGUGAAUAUAAUAUAACCUGUCUUCAGCAGGUUGUUGGUUUAGGACAGUGAUUUUGAUAAAACACAUACUUUUCCUUUGAGCUGGUGGUGGAUGUAGGUGAGGAUGAGGCCAGGGAUCUCCACCAGGGGGAUGAUGAAGGAGCCUUUGGCCACGUUGCCCAGGUUUUAGUGGGACAGUUGCAUCAUAGAGGAUGGGGUCAGGGCCAGCUGAGAUGUAUUCCUGAUGUCCACCACAGGGUACAGGUAAAGAGGAGUUUAAAUAGUAUAAGUGGUACACUACGGACCUGGGUUGAAAUAGUAUUUGUUUUCUUUGAGCCGGUAUUGAGUGCCAGAUGGGCAGGGUCUGUACUUUAGGGACUAUUCCAUUGGUUUAACCACAUCAGGCGAGAUCAAUGAAGUCCACUGCAUAAACAUAUUAUACAACAUAUUCUGGGUUGAACUCUGCUUUAAUUUAUGAAUAAAUAUACACUUCUAGGCAAUCCCUUUUUCUACAAACUCAAGCCAUCAUUUUGGGAUUGUCAGUUAUGAUCAUCCUUUGACAUAAGACAAACCAAGCACUUGUAGGACCUGCAUUUAAUAUGUUCAACUACUAUAAAGAUUUAAUCAUCAGAGUAAAUGCCUCUUUCAUAUUUGAUCCACUGUAGUAAUGAGUAAAAUGAUCCUGUUAAACCUAUUGCAUAUGGAUUCAAGAAAACUUCUGCAAUACCUUUGGUUUCCUGAAGUAUAGGUUUGGUUUUUCAAGUAAAAGUCCUUCAUCCAUGAGUCUACAACAAUAAACAAAUGGAGUGUUAAUCUUUA